GCGCUGCCGUCUGCGUGGUCCUCUCCAAGUGGGCGUGGCGCCGCAACAAGCGCAAGGUGGUGCUGGAGGCCGUGCGGACCAGGCGGUCCAUGUUCCUCCAGGACCUCAACGGGGAGUCCGCUCCAGACUCUGCGGUGCACGCCAUGCUGGAGGCCGCGAACUGGGCGCCCACGCACGGCCAGACGCAGCCGUGGCGCUUCUCUGUGUUCUGCCGCUCCACUGGGCACGUGCAGGAGUUCUUCAAGCUGCAGAUCAACGCCAGCGAGGCCCGCCUGAGGCAGGAGGGGCUGCCCGCCGACGAGGAGCGGGAGCUGAAGAAGUUCGUCACGAAGCAGCCCAAGAAGGCGAAGGACAUCUCGAAAUGCUCACACGUCGUGGCCAUCUCGAUGAAGCGGAGGGCGAACCCAGAGAAGGUCAUGCCAGAGUGGGAGGAGGUCGCGGCGGUCGCCUGCGCGGUGCAGAACGCGCACCUCGUCGCGUGCCAGCUGGGCGUGGCAGCGUACUGGUCCAGCGGCGGCUGCGAUGGCCCGCUGGCCACGCAGGACGUGAGAACGCUGCUGGAGCUGGAGGACGGGGAUCGCUGCCUGGGCCUCUUCUACAUCGGCAUGGCGUCGGAG